AAUUCGUCUAUGUGGCCAUCUUUGACGAAUGGUGUUCGAAACAAGUGUGGCGAAAACGCGUGUGUGCUUUGAAAAUCGCUGAAUUUUCACAGGUUUCCCGUCGCGGCCACUCCGGAUAAGUGUCGAACAAGGUGGUGUAGCCGAUUCCGGACCCGCGGGUGGUUUUUUAGUUGAGAACUGAUUUGUGGUUCGAGCAGAAUAUUGGUUGGAUAUAUUGGAGGAUUUUUUUUUUGUGCAGACCCGUCCCUUCGUCUUCUUUUAGGUUCUUUUGUUCCUCCGUUCCUCAUCGAGUCUUCAGUCAGAUUUAUCGGAUUUUUUGGGGACCCUCUGCAAGCAAUUGUCCCCAACGGAAGUGGUUUCAGUCGACCAGUUCCGUGACUUCCUAGUUGGAUAGAGUAGAAUCUUGAUUUGCGUUUGGAAUUUGGUGAUUUUCUCCGGUUCCAAAUUUUGAGACGAACGGAAAUCGACACAGGGUUGUCUCAGCGCCGCCCUAGAUCUGCAGUGAAUUUUUCUUUUUGAUUUUAUUGUUGCGUGUGUAAAAGAAUCAAACGGGCGCCAAGAAACGGCAAAAAUGGCUCAAGAAAGCGACUCCAACGAGGUUGCGACCAAGUUCUCCACAUUGAACGUGAAUGCAUUGGAAUUUGUGCCAGCCUAUGCUAGCGCCGUUUCGGCUGUCUCAGCAGCAGCUGCGGCUGUAGUUGGGCCAAAUUCGACAACCAAUGCCGCAGCCACUAGCAGCUCACCGGGAACCACUUCACCCGGUGGAACCGCCACAUCGACCGGACAGGGAUCCUCCGGGGGUGCUGGGACGCCUACAUCGGCAGCAGCCACGCCAACGCCUCCGUCCAGCAGUGCUGCACCGGUUCCGAUGGACACCAAAGGGGAUGAGGAAGCCAAAACCCCCGAAAACAAUGAAAGUGAACCACUGGACAGUUGGGACGCCGAGGACGAUUCGAUACUGACGCCCGAGGAUGAGGAAAUGGAAUUGGACGACGGUGAGGGGGACGGCGAAAGUGUUCCAAAGGUAUCCAAAAAGAAACCCCCAAAGGUAGAGGAAAACAAGAGCAAGAAAGAGCAUGUGAAUGUAGUAUUUAUUGGACACGUAGAUGCCGGCAAAUCCACGAUUGGUGGUCAGAUUAUGUCACUCACAGGCAUGGUGGACAAGCGAACGUUGGAAAAGUACGAACGAGAGGCACGUGAAAAGUCCCGAGAAAGCUGGUACUUGUCGUGGGCGCUGGACACAAAUCAGGAAGAACGAGACAAAGGCAAAACGGUGGAAGUGGGCCGCGCCUAUUUUGAGACUGAAAAGAAACAUUUCACCAUCCUAGAUGCACCGGGGCACAAGAGCUUCGUACCGAACAUGAUCGGUGGCGCGGCGCAGGCCGAUUUGGCAGUGCUUGUCAUUUCGGCGCGAAAGGGCGAAUUCGAAACCGGCUUCGACCGGGGAGGACAAACGCGGGAACACGCCAUGUUAGCAAAGACGGCCGGUGUCAAGCAUUUGGUGGUACUUGUCAACAAAAUGGAUGAUCCAACGGUGAACUGGGACCUGGAUCGGUACAACGAAUGCAAAGACAAAAUUCUACCAUACCUCAAAAAGCUGGGCUUCAAUCCGGCCAAGGAUCUGACGUUCAUGCCUGUAUCGGGUCUCACCGGCAUGGGACUGCGGGAACAAAUUGACGAAUCGAUCUGCCCCUGGUACCGAGGGUCGGCCUUUAUUCCCUUCAUUGACGAGCUGCCUUCGCUGAACCGAAAGACCGACGGUCCGUUCAUCAUGCCAAUCGUGGACAAGUACAAGGACAUGGGCACGGUGUUGAUGGGCAAGGUGGAGUCCGGUCUUGCGAAGAAGGGCACAAAUCUCCUCGUGAUGCCUAAUAGAACACAAGUUUCUGUUGAUCAGCUGUGGUCGGACGACGAGGAAGUUACCGCUGUGGGGCCUGGCGAAAAUGUUAAAAUCAAAGUGAAAGGUAUUGAAGAGGAAGAUGUUUCCCCCGGUUUCGUGCUGUGCGACGCUUCCAAUCCGAUCAAGACCGGCAAGGUAUUCGAUGCGCAAGUAGUUAUCCUAGAACACAAAUCCAUCAUCUGCGCGGGCUACUCGGCGGUGAUGCACAUACACUGUGCGGCGGAGGAAGUGACGGUUAAGGCACUCAUAUGUUUAGUCGAUAAGAAAACGGGCGAAAAGUCAAAAACUCGACCACGUUUCGUGAAACAGGAUCAGGUAGCCAUUAUGCGAAUUGAGUGCUCCGGCAUGAUCUGUCUCGAGCAAUUUAAACUAUUCCCCCAGAUGGGACGUUUCACGUUGCGAGAUGAAAACAAAACUAUUGCCAUCGGUAAGGUUCUAAAGGUUAUUGAGUAAGUUGAUGGAAGUGGUCGACCAGUGAUGCCGUAACGCAAAUCCACAAAAAUCAGAAACAACAACCAUUAGCAGCAAGUAACAUCAUCAACAACGCUAUAUCUCAUCCUCUGCCGUAAGAAACGGGGUCCCCGUCGGAACAAAAACUACACCGGAGAAGUAGCAGUAUGUUAGUAGGUAAAGUAGUAGCAGCAGCAGCAUGAGCAUGUGAGGAACAAUGAUAUAAAAUCCCAUUCAGACGACAGACAACAGCUCUCGGAUGUGUGCAGCAGCAGAAGAAAAAAAAUGUAUGAACUCUAAGAAGAAGCAUGGGUUACGGUACACGUCCCCAUCUUUGUUAUGUUUGUUUGUUUUCCUAAUUCUAUUGAAAGUGCUUGAGAAGCCGACGAGGAAUCGGCCGAUGAUCUGAGAUUAUCGGUUUUAAUUUUAUGGAAGGAAAGGAUUAAAACCACGGGAAAAUUUCACCUACAAUUUCUUCAAGUAUGAAUACAACAGUAGUUUUCAUUUCGUUUGCAUUUUUCGCUUCUCGGAUUACACCUACGUGCAAAUAGGCUCACGACACUUGAUGCAGUUGUAAUUGGACAAAUGCUUAUGAUAACAAUCAUUUGUAAAGGAAAAUCUAAUUUAAACAAAAAUUUAUUAAAAACAAAUCGCGGAAGCGGAGGACUGAACUUAUAUACAAUAAGGAAAACUACACAGUAAACACAACAAAAAACAAACGAUGAUAAACGAGAUGAAACAAAAAAAAAAACAUGCGCAUCAGGAACAAUAAACUUAAUGAUAACGCGAUAUUGUAUAAAAGGAAGAAACAAAACAUUGAACCCGUUGGGCGUCGUCCUUAUACCGUUGAAAAAGACCGUAAGUGUACCAUUAGAAGAUAGAGACAGAAUUAGAGAGGUGGCCACGGGGGGUGGAUGGUUUCUCGCAAGUGUGAUAAGUUAUUCAGCAGGCUGAUCGUGCUGCUGGCGAAACAAAAGACUAGCAUGCAUACACGACACAAUUUUAUCAGCCACCACCCCUUCUCUCUGGCGUAUAUUAUUUUUGAUGAUUAGCUAAAAGUCUUCGUGAAAAGUAAAAUUUAACCGGUUAUUAAAUUUGGGUUCUUUUUUCUCCAUAAAACUGCUUAUGACGACAAAGUUCUGAACUUUUUUGAAUUCGAUUUGUAUUAAAUACUGAAAGCGUACUCGCAACUACACGAAAAAAGAAGGAUAAACCAAGCAUAAAUCAAAUCUUUGAAGGACUUUACCAAAAUGUUCUCAACCAACAAACCAAUACCGACCUCGGGGGGAGUGGAAAAUUUCGCUUGCAAAGUGGAAUACGCCUAAAAGAGAGGUCAUUAAAAAGUUUUACUUGAUUACGUUUCGUUUCCGAAUCGAUUGCAUGCGCAACUGUUGACUAUUGCGAACCACGUAUGCAUGAAUUUAAGGUGUUGACACGAUUGAGCCGUAAAAAGAAAAAAAAUCGUAAGCAUGUGAAGUUAAAAUUGAUAAAAAGAAUAACUAAGUUCGGCGCUCGAUGGUUUGACCAGAAGUUGCUAGAAGAGAGAUUCGUUAAAUAGCGUAUGAAUGCGGCGGAGACGAUUACCAGGAGAGGAGGAGGAAAGAAAAUCGGAAAUUAUAAACAAAAAAAACACAGAAAAUUGUAUUUACUUUAGGGCUAAUUCGCUACUAUUGCUACAUUUACCAUUUAAACACAAACAAAAUACACCAUUGAAUACACUCACAAAGCGAGGGCAAACAUACCGUAAUGCAGGCGUAUCAGAAACAAAAACAACAAAGCGCAAUAAAAGAAAGGAUUAUGUUGAACUGGGGGGAAAACAGUACUAAUCCUCAAAGAACUUGUAUCAGAUGGAAUAGGAAAAAUAACAAAAUUAAAAAUAAUGUUGUUUAACAAGUGGCGAUAUCGGGGAGAAGUAACACUAGCGCAAACAGCAGCUGCUACAAGCAAAUAAAAAUAGAAGAACGAAAGCAGAACGGGAAAGAGAUAAAAAAAAAACAACACACUAUUCUACAUUUAAUCAAAAAAAAAAAAAAAAACAACAACAA